AUGAAGCUCUGGAUUCAUCUCUUGUAUUCAUCUCUCCUUGCCUGUAUAUCUUCACAGUCCCAAUCUCCAAUGUCCUCUGCCUCAGCCAGAGGUUCUUGUGACUCUCUUUGCAAUUGUGAGGAAAAAGACGGCACGAUGUUAAUAAAUUGUGAAGAGAAAGGUAUUAAGAAGUUAUCCCAAAUAAGUGUGCCACCAUCACGACCUUUCCACCUAAGUUUAUUAAAUAAUGGCUUGACAGUACUUCACACAGAUGACUUUUCUGGGCUUACCAAUGCUAUCUCAAUACACCUUGGAUUUAACAACAUUGCAGAUAUUGAGGCUGGUGCAUUUAAUGGCCUUGGCCUUCUUAAGCAACUUCAUAUCAAUCACAAUUCUCUAGAAAUUCUUAAAGAGGAUACCUUCCAUGGAUUGGAAAACCUGGAAUUCCUACAAGCAGAUAACAAUUUCAUUACAGUGAUUGAACCAAGUGCCUUUAGCAAGCUCAACAGACUUAAAGUGUUAAUUUUAAAUGACAAUGCUAUUGAGAGUCUUCCUCCAAACAUAUUUCGAUUUGUUCCUCUAACGCAUCUAGAUCUUCGUGGAAAUCAGUUGCAAACAUUGCCUUAUGUUGGUUUUUUAGAACAUAUUGGCCGAAUAUUGGAUCUCCAGUUGGAGGACAAUAAAUGGGCCUGCAAUUGUGACUUAUUACAGCUAAAACUUUGGUUGGAAAACAUGCCUCCACAGUCGGUAAUUGGUGAUGUUGUAUGCAACAGCCCUCCAUUUUUCAAAGGAAGCAUACUAAGCCGGCUGAAAAAGGAGUCGAUUUGCCCCACUCCACCAGUAUACGAAGAACACGAGGAUCCUUCUGGAUCAUUACAUCUGGCAGUAACCUCUUCAAUAAGUGAUAGUCGCAUGUCAGCCAAGACCACGUCUCUUUUAAAACCACCCACCAAAGCACCAGGUUUAAUACCUUAUAUUACAAAGCCAUCCACUCAACUUCCGGGACUCUACUGUCCUAUUCCUUGUAAUUGCAAAGUACUCUCCCCAUCAGGACUUCUAAUACACUGUCAAGAGCGCAAUAUUGAAAGUUUAUCAGAUCUAAAACCUCCUCCACAAAAUCCUAGAAAGCUUAUUCUCGCAGGGAAUAUCAUUCAUACAUUACUGAAGUCUGAUUUAGUGGAAUACUUCACUUUGGAAAUGCUUCACUUGGGAAACAAUCGUAUUGAGGUUCUUGAAGAAGGAUCAUUUAUGAAUUUAACAAGAUUACAAAAGCUUUAUCUGAAUGGUAACCACCUGACCAAAUUGAGUGGAGGUAUGUUUCUUGGUCUCCACAAUCUUGAGUACUUAUAUCUUGAAUACAAUGGUGUUAAGGAAAUAUUACCUGGAACUUUCAACCCAAUGCCUAAACUGAAAGUGCUCUAUUUAAACAACAACCUCCUACAAGUUUUACCACCACAUAUUUUUUCAGGGGUUCCUCUUACGAGGAUAAACCUUAAAACAAACCAAUUUACUCAUCUACCUGUAAGUAAUAUCUUGGAUGACCUUGAUUUACUGACCCAGAUUGACCUUGAGGACAACCCCUGGGACUGUUCCUGUGACCUGGUUGGAUUGCAGCAAUGGAUACAAAAGUUAAGCAAGAACACAGUGACAGAUGAAAUACUCUGCACCUCUCCAGAGCACUUACACAAAAAGGAAUUGAAAGCACUCAAUAGUGAACUUCUUUGCCCAGGUUUGGUCAAUAACCCAUCCCUGCCAACUCAGACUAGUUACAUCAUUGUCAAUACGCCUACAACCGAAACUACAGCUGAUACUAUUUUUAAAUCACUUACUGACGCAGUACCACUAUCUGUUUUAAUACUAGGUCUGCUGAUUGUAUUCAUAACUAUUGUGUUCUGUGCUGCAGGGAUAGUGGUUCUUGUCCUCCACCGCAGGAGAAGAUACAAAAAGAAACAAGCAGAUGAGCAGAUGAGAGACACCAGCCCUGUGCAUCUCCAGUAUAGCAUGUACGGCCAUAAGACAACUCACCACACCACUGAAAGACCCACAGCAUCACUCUAUGAGCAGCACAUGGUGAGCCCCAUGGUUCACGUCUAUAGGAGCCCAUCCUUUGGCCCAAAGCAUCUGGAAGAAGAAGAAGAAAGGAAUGAGAAAGAGGGAAGUGAUGCAAAGCAUCUCCAAAGAAGUCUUUUAGAACGAGAAAAUCAGUCCCCACUCACAGGUUCAAAUAUGAAGUACAAAACCACAGACCAAUCCACUGAAUUUUUAACCUUCCAGGAUGCCAGUUCAUUAUACAGGAACAUAUUAGAGAAAGAAAGGGAACUUCAGCAACUGGGAAUCACAGAAUACCUAAGGAAAAACAUUGCUCAACUUCAGCCUGAUAUGGAGGUACAUUAUCCAGGAGCCCAAGAAGAGUUAAAGUUGAUGGAGACAUUAAUGUACUCAAGAUCAAGGAAGGUAUUAGUGGAACAGACUAAAAAUGAGUAUUUUGAGCUGAAAGCUAAUUUACAUGCUGAACCUGAUUACUUAGAAGUCCUGGAGCAGCAAACAUAG